AUGGCGGAUCAUUUGGCAGAAGAAGAAUUGACACCGCUUCAGCAAGAAGUUUUGGACGAAUACGAUCGCCUGGCGACGAACAUGAAGAAGCUCGCCAGCCUGCUAGAUCACCUCGCGUCCAACCCAUCCACAGACAUCCUCGACGGCUUGCGGGACCUCGAACGAAAAACAAGUUUGGCAUUUACAUUGCUGAAAGCAAGUGUCUACAGCAUCGUAUUACAGCAGGAAAUUGACUGGGGCGCUGGCGGCGAUGGCGGUGCCGGCAACGAAGGCGUCGACGUAGAGGACGAGUUGGCCUUGGACGAGACGAUGGAGUAUUGA